CGACGAACAUGAAGCAUUAAAAGUCGUUGUCCAUCCAUCCACGGAUGCCACCAACACGAGGUGGCACAUCUGUCCUGCAUGUCCAUCUAUCUUAAUUCAUCAAACAGGCGCACAGGCUACGUACCCAUCUGGCUGGCUGGCUGGCUGGCUACAUGAACUGCUGCCCGCCCAUCUGAUGCUGGUGCUGCUGGUGCAUGCCGCCCCCGCCCAUCAUGCCGCCACCUGGCCCCAUCAUGCCGCCCAUCUGCGGGGGCUGUUGGUGCAUCAUCCCACCCAUGGCCCCUCCCGGCUGCUGCUGCUGCUGUGGCAUGCCCAUACCCAUCCCGGGCUGGCCAUGCUGUUGCUGCUGCUGCUGCUGGGUGUGUGGUGGCGGCAUCCCCACGCCCAUGCCCAUGCCCGGCUGGCCAACCGGCUGCUGCUGCUGCUGCUGCUGCGGAGGGGGUGGGGAUUGCUGCUGCUGCUGCAUACCCAUCCCGCCUCCCAUGGCGUCCAUGGCCCCUGCCUGCUGUUGCUGCUGUGGCUGUGCGGUGUGUUGUGUGUCGCUGAGGUUGGUGAUCAACUCCCACUUGCCCUCGAGGUUCUCCUUGUAGAGCAGCACCUGGUUGUCGCCGCAAGCCACUGCCAGGACGCUGCCGGUGACGGACCAGUCGACGCGCCACACGGGGCCGUCCAGCUGGAUCACCUGCGCCUUCUUCCAUGGCUGACCCUCCAUCUCCAUCUCCUUUAACAACACACGGGCAGAAACGGCAGCGUGAUUCAUUGAUUCUUUGUGUGUGUGGGCGUGUGAGCAUGUGUCACCUGCGUCCAUAUGAUGACGGUCUUGUCCUCUGAGCAUGAGGCGAUGGUGCUGCUGGGGACCCCCACGUUGGGCCGCCAUGCCACGUCCCUGAUGACGUCAGUGUGGCCGUUGUUGGCGUCGAUGCCCGCACGCUCAACCCACUUCUGGGACCGGUCUUCAUACUGCCACAACUUCACCUAAACACACACACGAACACACACACACAAAUGACACCUCCACAGUGCACCCACACCAAUGGUCUCCCUUCCCUCUCUGUCCGUCCAUUCACCUGGUUGUCAGAUCCGCCACUGACGAUCCUCAUGGGUCCGAGAGAAGGCCCCUGUGUGGCUGGGCCGCUGGCCAGCACCACGGGCGUGGCUGCCGGAGCCCACGACACGGCAUUCACACCGUUGGCGUGGGCGUGGAACUCGGUGCGCAGCCACUGCUGGUCGGCGGUGCUGUGGUGCAAAAUAGCGAUCUUGCCGUCAGACGAUGCUGCAUUGCAACACACACGGAGAGGAGGGAGGAAACACACCUAUCAUCAGAUUUUCCUCUCUCUGUCAGUCAGUGCAGUGGUAGUUACCUGAAGCCAGAUACGGCCCGUACUCCCACGGCGCCCAGGCCACCCCGUUGACGGACGCCCCGUGGUCUUCGCUCUUGUAGACCAUCUGCCAGUUCUCGCCCUGCCCUCCGUGUGCCCCUCCCCCGUGGCCCAUGCUCAUCUCCUUCCACACGAUCACCCUCUUGUCGUAGCCGCACGACGCCAGGCAGUUGCCGAACUUGGGGUGCGACCAGGUCACCUGCCACACGGGGCCCUCGUGGCCCUUGAGCUCCGCCAAGAAAGACGGACUCUCCGUCGACACGUCCCAGAUCCGGAUGGCCUGGUCCGCCGACGCAGUCGCCAGCCGCUUGCCGUAGUAGUCAAGCUGCGCAUCGUGGAUCGGACCGCUGUGCGCCGUGUCGAAAGAGGCUAUCGUCUGCGCCAUCCUCUCUCACCCUGAGGCCGCCGCCAGACCCACGUGUCAGAGGUGCGUGGAGAAAUAGAAGAUCUCGCUGUUCGUGAAGCGCCCUGCCUGCUCUCGUAUAGGCGAUGGCUCAGUGGCAGCUCACAGGUAGGCGACGUUGACCAUGAGAAAAGCUGACGAGGG